AUGGUCUACCUCAAGGCUCUCACGGGCAGUGCCCUCUUCGCCUCUCUGGCUGCUUCGUCCGUCAUCGGCGCUCGCCAGGGAACUCCUUCCCUCAAUGACGUCCUGGUGGGCAAGGGGAAGAAGUAUGUGGGAACUUGCGCCGACGGAGCCCUGCUGACGAGCGCCGAAAACGAGCCCAUCCUCAAGGCCAACUUCGGACAGUUGACCGCCGAGAACAGCAUGAAGUGGGAUGCCACUGAGCCGAGCCAAGGUGCCUUCAACUUUGAUGGCGGUGAUGCUCUGAUGGAGUACGCGACUGCGAACGAGAAGCUCGUCCGCGGCCACACUCUCGUUUGGCACUCGCAGCUCCCUGCGUGGGUUGACGCCAUCGGCGACAAGGAGACCCUGACCCAGGUGAUCAAGGAUCACGUCACGGCCGUGAUGGAGCACUACAAGGGCAAGAUCUAUGCUUGGGAUGUCGUCAACGAGAUCUUUGCUGAGGAGGGCGGGCUCCGUGACAGCGUCUUCUCCCGUGUCCUGGGCGAGGACUUUGUCCGCAUCGCGUUCGAGACGGCGCGUGAGGUGGACCCCGAUGCCAAGCUAUACAUCAACGAUUAUAACUUGGACUCGGCGGAUUACGCCAAGACGCAGGGCAUGGUCGAAUCCGUGAAGAAGUGGCUGGAUGCCGGUGUGCCCAUUGAUGGCAUUGGCUCUCAAAGCCAUCUGAGCGCCGAAGGAUUUGCUCUGGAGGCUCUUGCCAGCACCGGUGUCUCCGAAGUGGCCAUCACCGAGCUUGACAUUGCGGGAGCCGCCCCCGACGCCUAUGUCAACGCCUUCAACGCCUGUCUCGAGAUCGAGACCUGUGUCGGUAUUACCGUCUGGGGAGUCUCUGACAAGGAUUCGUGGCGGGCGGAUGAGAGCCCCCUGCUCUUCGACGCCAGCUACCAGCCCAAGGAGGCAUACAAUGCGCUGAUCGCUUUGUAA